UGCUUUGCUGCUGGGGUUAUAGUUAUAGAGAGAGAGGAGUAUAAAGCGCUCUCUCUCUCUCUAUAGAAAUAUAUGCAUUUGACCAAUUUUCUAUUUGUACCUUGGGCUUCUCUCUCUUUCGUCAACUGAAGAAACUGAAAUAGGAAGUACGCAGAGAGUAGGUAGCGAAGAUUGAAGAAGAAGAAGAAGAAGAAGAAGAAUCGAGUCCGAGAGGGGAGGCUUCGCUGAUUCUCUCUCCGAGUGAAGAUGCGAAGAAGAUUAGCGAGGCAGCAUUGCUGUUGGUAGCCAUGGCAGAUCAACGGAGUUUGGUUUUGGUUUUGGGCGUCGUUUUCUUGCUGUUUCACUCCACAUUUCAGCAAUCGGAGGAGCCGCUCAGUUCCGGCGCCGAGAAGCUCGCUUUGAUUCGACUCAGAUCGUCGUUAGGGUUGAGGAGCAAAGAGUGGCCGAUAAAGGCCGAACCUUGCUUAAUCUGGGCCGGCGUGCAAUGCCGGAAUGGUCGAGUCAUUGGGAUCAACAUUUCAGGGUUUAGGCGGACCAGAAUUGGCAGUCGAAACCCCCAAUUCGCGGUUGAUGCCCUCGCCAAUUUCACUCUCUUGGAGUCGUUUAAUGCCUUUAGGUUCUUGCUUCCUGGUUCAAUUCCCGAUUGGUUUGGCCAGCGGCUCCACUCCCUCCAAGUGCUCGAUCUCCGGUCUUGCUCUAUUACUGGUGCUAUUCCCUCUAGUAUUGGAAAUUUAACCAGUCUCACUGCUCUGUAUUUAUCUAAUAACAGACUUACUGGAGUAGUUCCGCCUAGUUUGGGUCAAUUGUCUAGUCUUUUGGUUCUUGAUCUCUCCCGGAACUCGCUUGCUGGAUCCAUUCCUUCAUCUUUUACCUCUCUUGGCAACCUAACUUUACUUGACAUGUCUUCAAACUUCUUGUCCGGGAUAAUUCCUCCAGCCAUUGGAACUCUAUCCAAGCUUCAAUUCUUGAAUCUCUCUAACAAUGGUUUCUCUUCUUCGAUACCCGCCCCACUCGGUGGUCUUUCUGGCUUGGUUGACCUUGAUCUCAGCGUAAAUUCUUUUACUGGUUCCGUUCCCGUGGAUCUGAGAGGGUUAAGGAAUUUGCAAAAGAUGGUUCUUGGGAACAAUUUGCUUGCUGGUUCAUUGCCGGGUAAUUUGUUUCCUUCUCUGACUAAGUUGGAGUUUAUAGUUCUAAAUCACAAUAAUUUCACUGGUAGUCUUCCAGAGGUGUUGUGGUCAAUGCCUGAAAUGCGUUUUCUUGAUGUGUCGAGCAAUAACUUCACUGGUAUUCUGCCCAACAUAAGUUUGAAUGCUGCUGUCACUGCUGCAGUUCUGAACCUUUCUCAGAAUAGAUUUUAUGGAGGUCUCACUUCGGUAAUCAGGAGGUUCAGUUUUGUCAAUGUGUCUGGCAAUUACUUUGAAGGAAGGGUUCCAAAUUUUGCUAGAGUUAAUUUGUCUCUGGAUAUGAAUUGUCUCCAAAACAAGUCAAGUCAGAGGAGUGGUGUAGAAUGUGCAUCAUUUUAUGCUGAGAGGGGUCUGACAUUUGAUAAUUUUGGACUCCCGAGUGCUACUCCUCCAACUAAGCCAGCACAAAAGAGCCACAAACGCUGGAUCAUAUUGGCUGGAGUCUUGGGGGGCCUGGGGCUUAUUGCACUUUUGGCAUUUCUGGUGGCACUGCUAAUUGUAUGCACCCGCAAGAGGUCUUCGACAGAUCAAAGAGGGUUGAGUGUGGGGCCUGUUCCUGCAGGUGAAAGUGCACCACCUCCAGGGAUGGCUUUAAACUUGUCGAGACUUGGGGAGGCAUUCACAUAUCAGCAGAUUGCCCUGGCAACAGAAAACUUCAAUGAUCUUAACCUUAUCAAACAUGGUCAUUCAGGUGAUCUCUUCCGGGGAAAUCUGGAAGGCGGGAUCCCUGUAGUAAUUAAAAAAGUUGAUUUGCGCUUGCUUAAAAAAGAAGCUUACAUGUUAGAGUUGGACUUUUUCAGUAAGGUUUCCCAUGCCCGAUUAGUUCCCCUCUUGGGACACUGCAUGGAGAAUGAGAAUGAGAAGUUUCUGGUUUACAAAUAUAUGUCAAAUGGGGAUUUGUCUAGUUCUUUGUAUAGAAAAGGAAAUUCUGGAGAUGACAGUUUGCAGUCACUGGAUUGGAUAACGAGAUUGAAAAUUGCUAUUGGGGCUGCGGAGGGUUUGUCGUAUCUACAUCAUGAAUGUACUCCGCCCUUUGUGCACAGAGAUGUUCAAGCAAGCAGUAUACUUCUUGAUGAUAAAUUUGAAGUACGGCUGGGAAGCCUAAGUGAGGUUUGUGUUCAAGAAGGGGAUACUCAUCAAAGCAUGAUUACCAGGCUCUUGAGGAUGCCAUCAGCAUCUGAACAAGGCACUUCUGGUUCACCUGCGGCUACAUGUACCUAUGAUGUUUAUUGUUUUGGGAAGGUGCUGCUGGAAUUGGUGACAGGUAGGCUUGGGAUCAGUGCAUCAGGUGAGGCCAACAUGAAGGACUGGUUGGAAGCAACCCUUCCGUACAUAAGUAUAUAUGAUAAGGAACUUGUUACAAAUAUUGUCGAUCCAUCUCUAAUCAUUGAUGAGGACUUAUUAGAAGAAGUAUGGGCAAUGGCUAUUGUUGCCAGAUCUUGCCUGAAUCCCAAGCCUUCAAGGCGGCCGCUGAUGAGAUACAUUCUAAAAGCUUUAGAAAAUCCUUUAAAGGUGGUGAGGGAGGAACAUACAAGCUCUGCAAGGCUGAGAGCUACUUCCUCUAGAGGGUCUUGGAACGCCGCUCUGUUUGGUAGCUGGCGUCAUAGCUCAUCAGAUGUAGCAGCCGUCUCGGGGCCGCCCGCCAUCAAAGGUGAAGGGCCAAGUAGCUUCAAACCAUCGCGAACUUCGGCUUCCGAGGGAAGCGGCCAAAAUGGUGGGGCUGAUGGUUCAUCAUCAACCAGAAGGCAGUCUAAGGAAAUAUUCCCCGAACCAUCCGAUGUGCAAGAUGUAGAGAGGCCAACUGGGGACUAGAAGGGAGGCUAAUUGGUCUUUGAUUCUUUGUCAAUAACAGAGCAGGCUCCCAAUUUGUGUGCCUUGCUUUUUGGUACAUCCCUCUCCCCACCCCCCCUUCAAUUUUGGGGCUGCAAACCAUUUUUGUCCCUAAACAAAUGCAAAGGCCCCUGGAAAAAAAAAGAGAGUAAUUAAAUUAGUGUCGGUGUUUGAGGAACAUGUUUUGCUUCUUCUCUAGAUAACCAAGUGGAAUUGUUUGUGCAUUUUGGGAAAGAAUUCAUGACAAAUGAUAGAAAAGAGGAAGAGAAUGGGAAGGAGUGAAGGGGCAAGCAAUGGUGGGUGGCUCUUCUUAGUCUCAAUUUGUUUUGUGCAGCUUGUUCUGUUUGUGGAUGAAACAAGCUUGCAAUUUAAAAAAAAAAAAAAAAAUGUAAUUGGCCCCCUUAUAGUGCCAUGUAAAUUGUAGCAGAUGAGCCUUGCCUUGGUCUUUCUAUUCAUAGAUGAUAAAUGGAUUUUCAUUUGGAGUUUGUGAAAGAGACAAACAGGAAAAUUAUACUCUGCAUGUUGAGUUCUGAA